UCCUCACUCGACUAGUUUGGUCUAGUCAAAAUGGCGUGCCUCAUGUAGGGGUCGAGUGUGGUUACCUGUCACAUUUUCUUCACAUUUAAAGCACUUAUCGUGUACCUUGUUACCUACCCUGGCGACCAUGUUCGCAAACAUAGCCCUGCGAACUGUCCUGAAAUCGUCCGCUACUGUUUUGCGAGAAAGCGGCGCUCUGUGCUCCUGGACGCGCAGCUCGGCUUCACUCCCAGGACCCAGAGUCAGCUGUGUUGCAGGAAGCUUUGCUGUUUCAACACCAGUGAGACAUUAUGCUCGGGCUGCGAAGAAAAGGAAGACGAGCCCCGAGGGCCAGUUCAGUGACCUUUCUCCAACAAUGCUGAAGGUGGAUUAUACAGCUGUACCCCUCGCUCAAACGACUGAUGAUCUCGUCAAAAGACUUCUUUCGUUGGAGUUGGCAAGUCAUAGUGACAAGCUGAAGCUGAAAACGGAACAGAUGAUCGAAAAAGUCCAACGGGACAAGAAUGACCGCAGCUCAGUGGAAGUUCAGGUGGCUAUUUUGACUGCAAGAAUCCGAAACUAUCAGGAGCAUUUGCAAAAACAUCACAAGGACAUAGCUAACAAAAGACGGAUGCUCAUGGCCAUUGACCGGAGGAAAAAGCUUUUGAAAAACCUCAGGUUGGUUCGCUACGAUGCCUUUGAGAAAGUGUGUGAGCAGCUGGGCAUCACCUACACCUUCCCUCCAGAGUACUACAGACGGGUGACUCGUCGCUGGCUAGCCAAGAAGGCCUAUUGCAUUAAGGUCUUCAAGGAAGUGCAGAAGCAGAAAGCAGAGCAGAGGCUGAAGAUGAGUUCAGCCUCCACAAACACCAAGACAGCCGAGACAAAAGCUGUUUAGAACCAGUAAAGACAAUAUACUGUAUAAUACAACACUUAUGUGGCAUGUGAAUAAAUAGUUUUUGUUUCCUUUUUCAUGUGCAGUCAUACAGUAUUAUUUUCUUUUGCUUUCAAGUUGAUGUCAGAAUUAAAAGAAAAUAAAUUGUCCCAGAAAGUUGUAUUCAAA